AUGGCGGCACGACGUCUAAUAAAUUGUUUUACUUCGUUUGUAACGCGUGCGCUCGCGCACACACACACCCACACAAUAGCCACAGCGGCGCAGGCCAGUGCGCAAGAGAACACCUGUCUUACAGAGAGGCAAACGGCACGUAUUUUCAGGGCCACUGAGCUGCGCGUCUUGACGAUGAACGACGACGACGACAACGACGACGAUGCGAGACGCCUGCAGGCGUAUCAGUCCGAGCGCGCGGGGUGCGGUCGUGCGCCCAGCCGAAUGGCACUUCAAACGGAAGUGCCGCCGCUGCCGCCGACCCGGCCGUUGUUGCGCAAAAAAAUUAAUUUCGCGCCCACCUACAGUGGCGCGACCGCCUUUCAACACCAAUGCAAUCAACAUGGACGUUUCACUGCCCCAGACGGUCAGGGAUUGGUCUACACUGGGGCGUCGACCAUGGUGGAUCAGGCGGUAACCCAGUCACCGCCUAAUGAUGUCAGGAAGCUGGAUCCCUUCAACCGUGGUUCAAAGGAUACUUCUCGAUCGUCGCCGUCUAACAGCUCGGAAGGUGGUGUAGCUGCACACCAGCUACCGCUACUGUCAGUUCAAGGCGCCGAAGAGCAAAAUAUGCAUGAAAAAUAUGAAAUGUCCACAACGCCCAACGCAGGCACACAAUCAUCGACUCCCCAUGUUCCCGGCCUCUUUAGCAUUCGUCGAGCAGUCGGUCUUUCGCGCACUAACCUUCCAUUCCCAGCUAGGAAACGCCUGUUCAGUUGGCUAGUCGAGCAUCUUCGUGAACCGUAUCCUUCUGAGGAGGAGAAAAUGAUGCUUGCAAUGGAGACUGGACUAUCGCGGACCACUGUCAACAACUGGUUUAUUAACGCCCGUCGGCGUUACGUGAAACCCCUGAUGCAAGGACGACUGGUUCUGCAGUCCGGAGUCUUUAAGACGGUGUCUGGCGAAAGUGCAACUAACAAGUCGUCGAGUUCACCACCUCACCCACCAGCUUCUUCCACCUCCGCCUCCUUCCAGAGCACCGACAACGGUGGUGGACAGUUCGCCUCACAGCACCAAUUCUCGUCGGCGUCAAGAAUGAACCUCCACCAAGAAGGCAUCUUCUCCCCGCCACAGCAUCUAGGUGGAGUCACCAACAGUACCGCCUUGUCGGCAAUGGCUGCCGCAGCAGUCGCCUUUGCUGGAGGUCCGCGUUCUUUUGUCGAGAACGGAGGGGAUGUCAAGCAUAGUAACCCUCGACCUACUCACUUGCCCUGGCAAACAGUCCAAGGCAUCGAUCUCGGUAGCUCAAAGCGCUGUCGAAGAACCUCCGAUCUUUCCACCUCGGUUGAUGCAGCAUCGCGGUACGCACAAAAGUCCACAGUCCACGAAAAGCCGCCAAUUAAAGGAGAAGUAUCCUGUGAAUAG